AGGAACAAGGGCACGCUCACAGUACAAGCGAACGAAGUUCCUCUUCCAGCUCCUGCUGUGAAUACCCGUCCCCUCACGCGCGCACGCACGAACCCUAUAAUAACCCCUCGCCAAACACCUCGCGCCACACGGAGCCACACCACACAAAAGUUGCAAGCUACUAGCAGCUGCCGCCAUGGAGAACCCCUACGCGAGCUUAUUCAAGAACCAUGCCCACCGCCACCGCUACUACUACCACCACGCAACGGCGCCGGCGCCACCCCCGCACGCCGCCUACUCCCUGCCCUUCUUCCCUACACCGCCGCCUCCAGCCCCGUCCUCGCCUCCGCUCCGGGAAGCCCUGCCCCUCCUCUCGCUCGCCCCGGCGUCGCGGGAGGAACAGCUGGGCGGCAGGGAAGCGGCAGACUCAGACGACGACGGCGGCGAGGAGGGAGAGGAGGAGGAGGAGGAGGAGGAGAAGGAGGAGGCGGGCUCCGCGAGCGGUAACCCCGGCCAGCAGCGCGUGGCAGAGCUCUUCGCGGACUUGAACGCCAAGGCAGGCGACCCGAUGGACGCGGAGGCCGGCGGCGAGUGCUCAGCUGGCGACGUGACGGUGGCGCUGCGCAUCGGCCUGCCCACUAGCGCGGGCGCGGCCGACCUCGUCUCUGGACUUUCAGGCGCCCAGAGGCAGUGCGACUUCGAAGAGGAGGAGGAUGACGACGGCGGGAGCAAUAAUAGGGAGAGCGGCGACAGGGAGGAGGCGGCGCCGUUAGGGUUCCCGUCGACGCAGAUCGGGCGCCUGAACAAGGGGCAGUACUGGAUCCCGACGCCGUCGCAGAUCCUCAUCGGCCCAACUCAGUUCUCCUGCCCCGUCUGCUUCAAGACCUUCAACCGAUACAACAACAUGCAGAUGCACAUGUGGGGUCACGGGUCGCAGUACCGGAAGGGUCCCGAGUCGCUGCGCGGCAUCCAGCCGACGGCGAUGCUGCGGCUGCCGUGCUACUGCUGCGCGCCGGGGUGCCGCAACAACAUCGACCACCCGCGCGCAAAGCCGCUCAAAGACUUCCGCACGCUGCAGACGCACUACAAGCGCAAGCACGGGCUGAAGCCCUUCCUGUGCCGCCGCUGCAGCAAGGCCUUCGCCGUCAAGGGCGACUGGCGCACGCACGAGAAGAACUGCGGCAGGCUCUGGUACUGCCUCUGCGGCUCCGAGUUCAAGCACAAACGCUCGCUCAAGGACCACUCACGCGCCUUCGGACACGGCCACGGCGCCGUCGGCGGGUGCGGCGGCCUCGACGAGGACGACGACGGCGCCAUCUCCGACAUCGAACACGACGGCGCCACGGCGGCUAGGUCGCUGUGAUGGACCGAUCGAUCGAGCUCUCUCACCUGCAGAUAUCGAUCUUAUAUGUACAAAGACCAUAUGAUCGAUAGCCGGCCGGUGCACGUGCGUACGUGCUGAACAAUAUGUGCUGCACUCCCCGUGUAGUCACGUAUAAAUGUUGUUUUGGUUGUGUGUAGUUAAUUAUUUUAAACUUUGGUUAUAUAUUAUUUUUUAUGUGUCGAGUU